AUGGAAUUUCAUUCAAAGAUUUUGGAGGGGCAGUCAAAUAAAUUAUUAAUUGGGUAAUUCAUUUAAGUAAUAUAAACAAUCGAUAAUUUGAGGAUAAACUUUGUCGAAUCUAUUUUGAAUAUGAAUUAUUGAAUCCAUUAAAUACUCUGAUGGAUGACCUUUCCGUAAAACAAUCAUUGUCCGAAUUUCUAAAUAAAAUUCAAGAUGUAAGUAGAGGAAUUAUUUAGAUUACAAGUUUAAUCAAUUUUGGCUUGAAACCUGUAGGCCUAUAUUUUAAAGGCGAAUUACCUGAGUAUUGCAGGAACAAUAGCAUAUUAAAAAAGAUUUGUAACAUUUUUAAUAUUGAAACCUUGUUAUUAUAUUCUCAAAAUUAAAAAUUGGCAUUCUCCUCAAAGGUAUUUCGAUUUUAAAUUAAAAGAACAUCACCACCACCGCGGCUAUUGUGAAAAUAAUAGACUAAUUUGACCUCAGAAGAAUUAAAUUAUAAACAAGUCUUAGAUUCAAUCUUGGAUAAUAGAUAGAUGUUCAGAGCGCAUUAGAGAAGGUGCGUAAGAAUUAUGAGAACCUAAAUCUCCUACACAAUAAUUAACUUUUGGUGUAAUAGCAAUAACUAAAUGAAAUUGCCAAUUCGAAGGAGAUCAUUUUAAGCUAUUUCAAACCAUAGACACAAUCAAGUGAAUGCGUAUAAAAUGAUUAAACUUUCAUUCUUUAAGGGGAUUUGAGCAUCCUAAUAUUAGCUGAUUCAAAAAUUACGAUAUCAGAUAUAAAAAACGUAAGAAUAACAUCAAUAUUUAGUUAAUUUUGAAUGAUAUAUUGGAAUCAGUGAAAGUAAGAUUAUCAUAAGAAUUGAAUCCCCCAUGUUAUCUUGCAAAAAGAUUGUUAAUAACAUUCAAGUAGAAUGAUUUAGUAUUGCAAAAUUACAUAGAUCACGAUUUUAAUAAGGAGUAAGAAAUCAAUUAUAUAAACCAAUAUUUCCCAAAUUAAUAAAUCGAUUAGAUAAAAAUUCUAGAGAGUAAAUAAAAAGUAAAGUUAGAAUAACCAAAAUAAUAAUACUAAUAAUAAUAACAAUAAUAAUAAUAAUAAUAAUAAUAGUAAUAAGAAUAAAUUAAAGAAAUAAUUCAAGAGAAUUAAAAAGAAGCAGUUGGAUAAUAAAAUUAAUAAUAGUAAUAGCAAGAUAUAAAAGGGAAGGUGAAAUAGGAAUAUAUGAUAAUGUUGGCAAUAUUGGGAAUACUGGUUGCAAUAUAUUUGAAUACAUUAUUUUGA